UCAGUUCAGAGCAAAAAAAAAAAAAAAAAAACAAAGAAAAUAAAAGAAAAUAUUCGCAAUUAGCUUUUUCAUGUUUUAUUCAGUGGGUUCCAUAUGUGAGAAUUACUUGUUAGUAAUAAAAAAUAACCACUAAUAACAAAGAAAGAAACAAAUCAGUCUUGUAGGAUAAAUGUUAAACCGGCUUGCCACAUACUGCGGCUAUUGAGAAAAGCCUUCUAGAUGGUCCGUUCGCGAAGCGCUCAGACGAUGACCCCAACAGCGCGUGGACUUCUGCUGCACCUUCACUGUUUACCUCACACACAAAGGGACUCUGACGCGUGGAAAUGGUGCAACUGGCAAAAGGCGGAGUGAUCUGGAACUAUUAAGUGCCAUGAAGAGACAGAGGCAGAUUCCAUGCCAGUCUAGCAGCACAUCUAGCCCUCUACACGCCUGAAGAUGAAGAUGAUCUCAUGCUUGCGCCCCUUUACCUCCCUGUCUCGUUUAAAAACAAUGUCUUCAAGGAAAUUCGCUGCAUGAUUCAACAGUCACGCCGUAUCUCCCAAUUACUUUAUCGCUUUUCAACCAUUUCAUGAAUUAACCGCAAUCCAAAAUGAAAUUUCCAACGGAAAACCCAAGGAAACCAGGGAACUGGAACCCUCCACCAGUACCGGUGCAGACCAACCUGGUGCCACCGAAGAAGGUCCAACCAGGGAUGUUGCAGUCCAGCUUGGUGCAGGCCAGCGUGGCCACCAUGCAGAACCCCAUGGGCUGCUCUUUACCUCGCCUUUCUGUCUCCCGGCCCGCUAGUAUGGUGGCUAGCAUGGAUGCGGUGGCGGACGGCUCAGCCCUCCUCACGGUCAUGAAGUGGAAGACUGUCCUAGCCGUGUUCGUGGUGGUGGUAGCCUACCUAGUCGCCGGCGGUCUGGUGUUCAGAGCCCUGGAGCAACCCUUCGAGAGCAACCAAAAAGACACCAUCACUUUGAAGAAAGCCGCCUUCCUGCAGAAACAUCCCUGUGUGACCCCCGAUGAGCUGGAAGAGCUCAUCAAGCACUCUGUAGAUGCAGUGAACGCUGGAGUCAGUCCUAUCGGAGACACAUCAUACAACUCCAGUCACUGGGACUUAGGGAGCUCCUUUUUCUUCGCUGGAACUGUGAUAACGACAAUAGGUUAUGGCAACAUCGCUCCAAGCACAGAGGGUGGGAAGGUUUUCUGCAUCCUUUAUGCAAUAUUUGGCAUCCCACUCUUUGGCUUUCUUCUGGCUGGUGUUGGUGAUCAGCUAGGGACUAUUUUUGUGAAGAGCAUUGCUAAAGUGGAGAAAAUGUUCAGGCGCAAACACAAUCAAAUAAGCCAGACCAAGAUUCGAGUGGCCUCUACAUUGCUCUUCAUCUUGGCUGGCUGCAUUCUCUUCGUCACCAUACCAGCCAUCAUCUUCAAGCAUAUUGAAGGAUGGACCGGCCUGGAUUCGAUUUAUUUCGUGGUCAUCACACUGACGACUGUUGGGAUCGGUGAUUAUGUUGCAGGAGGCAAUAGAAGAAUAGAGUACCGUAAAUGGUACAGACCACUGGUGUGGUUCUGGAUCCUAGUUGGACUGGCUUACUUUGCUGCAGUUCUCAGCAUGAUUGGAGACUGGCUAAGGGUGCUUUCUAAAAAGACAAAAAUGGAGGUGGGUGAAAUUAAGGCUCACGCCGCCGAAUGGAAGGCCAAUGUUCGAGCAGAGCUCCGUGAGACCAGACGUCGACUCAGCGUGGAAGUCCAUGACAAACUCCAAAGGGCCGCUACCAUUCGCAGCAUGGAGCGCAGGCAGCUGGGUUUUGACCAGCGGGCCCAUUCCCUAGACAUGCUGUCCCCUGAACGUCGAGCUGCCUUCAAUAGCCUGGACACCACCAAUUUCAAGACAUCCUCCCAGGAGAGCAUUGACACCAAGCUCAACAACCUACGCCUAAAAGUUGAGCAGAACGAGCAUCGACGAAGCGACCCAAGCCAGGCGUACUCUGAAGACAACAUUUUCAACCGCCUUGGCUCAGUCACAAAACUAGCCAAGCGGAACAAGAACAAAGAGCUGAGGAAAAACAUCCCAGACGACGGUCGGAGAGCCUUAGAUUCCUUCACCUGUAAUACUCCCACAAUGGAUGAGGAAAAGAAAGAGGCAGAGGAUGAGGAGCUUGAGAAAGAGGUCAACACCAGUCUGACCAACUUACCUCUCUUUGUAGAGAGCCCCAAUAAACAAAACGGAUUCAUGCCUCUACCGCCACAGACCAAAGAGGAAGAAAACGAGACAAAACUUGAAGACAAAGAGUUCCAUUUGCAGAUGGAGCCCUAGAGGGAAGCGUGUAGAAAAAUAACAUAUGCCUAAAGUGCCUUGUUUAGCCCUUACCCUGAGCUGAGAUGUGAGUAUCUCAAUUUCUGCUGUUCAUUUAACUGUUCACUGUGUCCUGAUAACUUGAUAAUGGAAAUGUGGUGACAGUAGCACUGGAAAAUGCUUGUAUAAGUCGGAAAGAAUCUCUCCGAAUGUCCUGGACAGCAAACUAAAAAUCUGUAGCAAGCUACAUUGGCAGUUUGUUUGAAGUAUGACUAAAAGUGCUGACUGUACUUCAAGGUUGUUUGGGAAGAAGCAUAACUGCUCAAAAACAAUGUUUGUCAAGAUUCCCCACGCAUUUAAAAUGGAGAAACUCACCUAGAGACUUGAAUCCCCCAUGAUCAAAGAUAAGACUCUUUGAAUAUGAAGAAACCAUUGGUGACACAUCAUAUAUGCACGGAGCUCUACUGUCCUGUAAAACAAGUCAAGUGCAUCAAUAUGUGAUCCAGAUUUAUGAAGUUAACUUAUGAAAUCUCAGGGCUUGUAGUCCUACUGUAAUUGUUCAAUUGUACGGUAUGUCUGACAUACAGUUUGCUGUGCUCUCAUGAAAUAUCUAAAGCUGUUGCUACACGGUACUAUUUUUUUAGUUUGAAAUUUUAGGAUAAUGGGACGGAAGAGAAGCCAUAUGGUAGAAAGUCUUGGUAGAUGUCAUGUAAUUGAGAAUGUCUAGUAGAGUUUAACUCAGUCAAACUACUUAACAAAGGAAUAGUUCACCCAAAAAUUUAACUCCAGACCUGACUUAUUUUGUUCUGCAGAACACAAGAGUUUCAAAUGGUUUUGUCUAUACAGUUAAAGUCUGUGAGAUCCAAAACAACAAAUAUUAAUGGCAUUUUCCAUUUUUGGUUGUAUUGUCCCUUCAAGUAAUUUUCUUGAUGCCAGAUUCAGUAAGCGAUUUUUGAGAAACACUAGGUGCGUUUCCAUUACAGAUUUGCGCAAAACUUUGUCGAUAUUUUAUAAAUGUCGACAAAAGACAUUUUACCUUCCAGUACACUUACAACAUUAUUUCCAUUAACCAAUGUUAUACGACUAAAACGUAAUUUGUUCCUCUCGCGGUAAGUCAUUGCAACGGAUUUUGGUGGGAUUUGGACGGAUUUUGGCUUUAUUUAAUCGAAAGAGGCGAUGAGAGUAUCUUUACAGAAGCGACUCUAAGCAUUAAUAUCAGGGAAAGCCCCUUAUACUUGAGAGCGGCUACAUAUGAAAUGUUUCUUGGAGUUUAUAGUACAUUGAAGAAUGAUCAUUUGACUUUUUACAUAUGCCAUUUGACCUGUAAAUGCGAAAAAGCCGUUUCCAUUGCAGUUUUGUGAAAUAUUCCUUUUUCGAAUUGCUUGAAAAACCACCUCAUGCGAGCGUAAAAACUUUUUUUGCGAUAUAUGGGAGUUUUUGCGAAAUUAUUAGGCGUAUUUUCAAUUCGCAAUUUAAACUUGUGCAUCUUGAAGGGUAAUGGAAACGUGCCUACUGUCGAAAGUGGAUUAGACCAAGCACCACACUUGUAGCCAAUCAUCAGUAAGGGGUGUGUCCAUUCAUGAUGAGGCAACCUGAUCUCACAGCAAUUUGUAUGUAUUUUACGAGGUGGCUAAUUCGUACAAAUGUGUGUGUUUUGUAAAAAAUCAUCCGCAUUUACUGAGGUGGCACAUUCGUAGGAUUUCGUAUGAAUGACCACCCCUAACCCCAGCCCUAAACCUACCCCUCAUAGAAAAUGUACAAAAUCAUACAAGUGUGGUUGUACGAAUUCAUGCAAUGCGUAAAAUGUGUACAAAUUGGUCAUGAGAUAACAUUGAAUGGGGAGGUGCCUAUUGCAUAGAAUUUGGGAGCAGAACUGUCAAGAUAGGAUGUGAUCCUUUUGGGUAAGGUUAUGUUUGUUUUGGUCAUUUCAAAUAUUAACAGCGUUUCUCAGAAAACACUUAAUGCACCUUUAAUUAGUUGUCUGACUGUUACCGAUUACACAACAUUACCACAAUGUUACGUUGAUUUGUAAAUGAUCAGGGUAGCAUCUUAAAUAACUUGUUUGAAGUCUACUAGACAUUCUGUAUGUGAAUGAAAGACAUAUACGGCUUUAAGCUUUAUGAAAGUAUAGGACGCAGUUCCAUUUUGGAUUGACAGGAAAUGUUCUCUUUUUUGCCAGAAAACUUCUGUUUGAAAAUGCCAACUGUACAUGAGCAAAUCUCACAAUGUUUUGAAAUUUUGCACUUUUUACAAGUUCCUGUCUUUGGUUUACAAUUAUCGUCUCUUCUUUUCCAGAAUGUUUCUGGACUAGACCUUUGACACACCACUAAACAAUGUGCUAAUCGCCCGGGAGCGUCUGACAUAUUUGUGUGUGUGUUUGUGUUGAAACCAAAUACCGCUUUGUCUGAUGUGAUUGUUGUCUUGCUGACUGUAUUAAUGAAAACUCCCUGAGGCAGACUCACGUAUCGGUACCUCAUUCCUACCAACUCGUAAACGCACACAUACACACAUCUGCAGCUGCAGCAAAAUGCUUGUUGUU